GUUACGAGCUUCCCGGGUGCUGCUGGUGGGGAUGAAGGGUCUCGGAGCAGAAGUGGCGAAGAAUCUCAUCUUGGCGGGAGUCAAAGGCUUGACCAUGCUGGACCAUCAGCAGGUUUCCCAAGAGGACACGCGAGCUCAGUUCCUCAUCCCCGUGGGUUCCUUGGGCCGCAACAGAGCUGAAGCCUCGCUGGAGCGGGCGCAGAACCUCAAUCCCAUGGUGGACGUGAAAGCUGACCCCGAGAGCGUGGAGAGCAAGCCCGAAGAGUUCUUCACCCAGUUCGACGCAGUCUGCCUGACCUGCUGUUCCCGGGACGUUAUGGUGAAGAUCGACCAGAUUUGCCACAAGAACAGCGUCAAGUUCUUCACCGGCGACGUUUUCGGCUACCAUGGUUAUAUGUUUGCCGACCUUGGGGAACACGAAUUUGUGGAAGAGAAAACCAAGGUCGCCAAAGUCAGCCCGGGCGUGGAAGAUGGGCCGGACACCAAAAAAGCCAAACUUGACUCUUCGGAGACCACCAUGGUGAAAAAGCGAGUGGUUUUCUGCCAGCUGAAGGAAGCCCUGGCCGUCGACUGGAGCGGGGAGAAGGCGAAGACGGCGCUGAAACGCACCACCCCGGAUUAUUUCCUCCUCCAAG